AUGAAAAAGAAGCUGCAGCGGGAGCAGCAGCAGCAGCAGCAGCAGCAGCAGCAGCAGCAACAGCAACAGCAGCAGCAAGAGUCGGGGUCUCUACAGAAAGAGGGAAAGAAAGCCAAGAAGAAAGUGAAGCAGCAGCAGCAGCAGCAGCAGCAGCAGCAGCAGCAGCAGCAGCAGGAAGCGGACCCUGCCGCUGAAGCUGGCCCCGAAGGCAGCAGCAAAAAGAAAAGGAAGAAGAAGCAGCAGCAGCAGCAGCAGCCCGACGCCCCUGCUGCUUCUCAAGACCUUGACGCCAGCAGCAAGCAGCAGCAGCAACAGCAGCAGCAGCAACAGCAGCAGCAGCAACAGCAGCAGCAGCAACAGCAGCAGCAGCAGCUUUCGGUCUUCAGUCGCACGGAUGUUUUAAAGAAGCUGGAAACCCUAGCAGCAAACAGGGCGGGCUGGCUUGGGGAGCCGCAGCAGCAGCAUUCUCCCGAAGAGUUCGGGAGUUUCGGAGACAAAGGCAUAAUAAUAUUUAAUGUUUUGGUUUUGGUUUUUGUUUUCUUCGAUUUAGAUUUUGGCUUUUUGGCCCCCACUUUCAUUGCAGACCCUUUGGGGGCCAUUGUGGGCAGGGCCGUGAGUUCUCCCAAGUGGAUAGGCGACAAAACGGUGGCGGGCUCUGCGGCGGUCUUCCUGGGGAGCUUCGUGGGGGCCUUCCGCGUGGGGGCCCCCCUGGCCCGCCUGGGGGUCGCGCUGGGCUGUACCCUUUUGGAGGCCCUGGGGGGCCCCCUGGACAAUUUCUUUUUGAGUUUGCCUCUUUUGGCUUACUACUGGGCCCUCACCCAGGCCCGCCGCCACGGGCUCCCCUUUCCAGCUAGCUAG